UUGGUAGAAAAAGAGGAAAACGAAAAGCCACUGCGGAGAAGUAUGUAGGUGCUCACACACGCACACAUACACACGCGCGCGCACACUCACACACACACGCGCGCACACACGCACACCUAGCGAUAUGAGCGUUUUCCUGGCGUUUGGCGUCAUUCGCAUGAUGAACUGGCACCAGCUACCCAGGCUAUUGUGAAUGUUUAUGGGAAGGUGUUGGCAGGAGGACACUACACCUGCUGGAGAGUGCUCUUGGCAAAGGUGGUAAAGAGUGAGCGCUUCUCAACACAGCAGCACCUCUUUAUGUCUUGAUGCCAUGGAGACUGGCGAACCAUCAUUCCCCAUCACUGAACUCCCCGCUGUGGAGUCUGCACACAUCAGCCCCAAGAAGGAUCUAUGAAACCUGCAUGGAUUUAUGAGAUGUUUUCUUAUUCCCUUCUGACUUUUCUAUGAUGAUAUGAGACGACGGCUAGCGGACAUUUCCCCUGCAUCCUGGGCAUCCCGAACGGACUGAGAACUCAUCCGCAACAGGACUCAGCCUUCACAGAGUUGUCCAGAUCGUAGUUGGGGUUGUGGUCACUGGGUCCGGCUCUGUUAAGUGAGAAAAUGAGCGCAAGCGGAUCUGAAGUCCUGAGCGCGGGGAGAUUUGAGCUCUGCAGGUGGCCUGUGAGCGCAUGUGCUCUGGAAACCGACCUUCCGUCUGAUGUUUCAUAAGAAGGGUGAAGAUGCCUUUUCACCAUGUGCGAGCAGGGCUGCUGUACACAGACAACUUCCUGACACACUCGCUGUCUGAGAUCAGUGAGGAACAGUUAGCUCACAUCUCCACCGAAGAGCUCGAUGAGAUUCGGGAGGCAUUCCAGGUACUGGACAGGGACGGGAACGGCUUCAUCUCAAAACAGGAGCUGGGUGUGGCCAUGCGCUCCCUGGGCUACAUGCCCAGCGAGGUCGAGCUAGCCAUCAUUAUGCAACGUCUGGACAUGGAUGGUGAUGGACAGGUGGAUUUUGACGAGUUUGUGACAAUACUUGGACCUAAGCUCCUCUCAUCUGACACCAGAGAAGGCUUCCUCGGCAGCACUAUAGACAGCAUCUUCUGGCAGUUUGACAUGCAGCAGAUGUCUCUGGAGGAGCUGAAACAAGUCCUGUUCCAUGCCUUUCGGGACCACCUGACAAUGAAGGACAUUGAAAACAUCAUAGUGAAUGAGGAGGAGAGCAUGAAGGACAACUCAGGAAACUGCCAGACUGAAUUUGAGGGAGUGCAUUCUAAAGGGAAGAAUCGGCAAACGUGUGUCCGCAAGAGCCUCAUCUGUGCAUUCGCGAUGGCCUUCAUCAUCAGCGUCAUGCUUAUUGCGGCCAACCAGAUGUUGCGUAAGGGUAUGGACUAGCUCCGUCCACUGUGACCCCUGAGUGAUAUUACCUCUGCUCCACUUAUCUAGCCAAACAAAACAUGACAACAAGAACUAAAUCUGUAGUUGACAUUUAUUGCUCUGUAUCUGGGCUUGCAGUGAGCAAGCAUCCCACUGUGCUAAAGACACCAGCCCACUCCUCUCUGAAUUUAAUGCACUCUAAAGACUUCUAUGCAUCCAGCUUUAAAGCAUAUAACAAAGUACUUCUUUCUCAGAAGAACUGGAGCCAACACAUGGAAGUCACAAACGGACAGGAUAAAACACUAAUAACAGUUGUUUACCCUCCCUUUAUCUCUCUGACAGGAAGACACAAGGGCUCUGUGGUGCCCCAUAAUGCAAUAAGAUUUUGGCCCCUUCUUGUAUUUGUACGUGUUUCUCUCUCAUCUUCUCAUCAACUCCAGACUCCAUCUGAAAUUGGAGUCGUGAGGAGGACGCCACUUCACCAAUAUCUCCCAUCAAGGUCACUUCAUUGUCUGUAUUUGAGCAUGUGCAUGUAAACUUGCUUCAGUCUUAUAAACAGCAUUAGAUUUUGCUAUUGAGAGACCAUUUCCUGAUUAAAAAUGGAGUCACACAAGCUGUAGCAAAGCACAGUGAUUGAAGGAUGAUACCAUAUUUUCCAGACAAUACGUUAUUAUUGAGAAAAAGGUACAUCUAAUGAGUAAAGUGUGGGAUUCAAAUAUAUAUUUGGUUUUAUUUGGUUUAGUAUUUGGUGUUCAAGUUAACACCAACACCAAGUAUUCUAUUUGAAUUUAAUUCUUUGCAGCUUAGUUGUUAGUUGCAUUUAAAUCCCCAAAAGCACCAACAGUUCAACAGGAAACUUUCUGUCCGACAAAAUGUUUUUGUACAAUCAUGCUGAUUCAUAUAUGAAGAAACAUGUUUGACAGACAGGCAGAAAUGCCUCCUUAUCCUGACCGGUUGGAUGUUAGUGGUCCACAUACAUGAUGGAUGUUAGUGGCCCAUAUACAUUUGAUUGUCUUGAUUUAUAAAUCCCUGAGCCCAUUUUUAAUGCACAACAUCCAGCUGACUGAUAGAGGGCAUUUUAGAGUCUGGAAAAUAUGGUAAAUAUUUUAGUAAAACACCAAAUUCCAAUACAGGUAGAUGGACUGUGUGUAGCUAAAAUAAAAUGAACAGCUAUGUUAGUAAUUGCUAGUCAUGCUUGGAACAACUUAAAGACAUAUCAGGGUUAAAGUCAUUCUCACUGAUUAAAACUAUGUAUGAGGUCUUUUAAAGGACUGAUCAACAUUUUGUCUGAUUACUAGUACAGCGAUUCACUUCUGCAGAAGUGACUAUGACAGGUUUUUUGGACUUUUUUGGUCCAUUUUUGAUUACUUAUUCAGUUCAGACUCAGGCACAGUGACUGAAACAUUGAAGUGUAUCUGAAAACUGGUCUGUCUCUUAACCUUGUCUUUUUAUCCCCUGUUCCUGUACGUAACCCUUUCUCUGUAGUACAAAUACUAUAACUGUUUUAAAUAUAUUUAAAUGUGUCAAUAUUCCUGUUGCCUGUCCACUCUGUUUGUGUGUUUUAGUGUAGCAAUGUUAUGUUUUCUCAUAUAGCACUGCAUGCAUGUCUGUGUAUAUAAUGUAUAGUGUCUGUUAGAUGCAUACCUGAAUGUUUAGUCCAUGCAUGUCAGAACCUGUUUCUACACAUAUGUGUAAAGCACUGAGUUAAAUGUUUUUCUUUCUUUCUUGGAAGCAGUCAGUUGUCUUCCUGUCAUCUCUAGAAAAGAAUUGAUGUGAUAAUUGAAUGAAAUGGUCCAUUAAAUGCCAUUUGGGCAAGGAAUAAAACACAGCAAGGCAUGCUGGUAUAAGAAAAUAAUCAAUGGUGGGGUUGAUUAUAUUGAGCUAUUUAUUUUCCAAUAACAGCAUGCUCUGUGAUAUCUUAUACCGCUUAUGCCACAGCAGUUUGCAAAAAUAUUCCAAAUUUAUUUUGUAACAGACAAUACACAAAUUAGUUUCUGUUAUUCCCUCCCUCACAAACCUCUCUGUUUCUAUAAGUUAAUAAAACUACUGCAAAUUGUCCCCACAAGCACUCCCUCCUUUUGGAAAACGUACAGAAAACUUAUUGCUUUACCUCUGACUGUUAGAAAAGUGCUGACCCUGGAGACUCCUUCCAAAAAUGUUAAAUAAACGUCUCCUCACACACUCUUCAUCUGUUUAUGUGGACUGUCUGCCUUGCAAGUCCCUGUGUAAAUUGUUACUAUGGAAACAAUAAAGUGAUAGAAAGGAGUGUGUUAAUAUAAACCUGUGACUUGGCUUGUGGCCGACAAGCUGACAGUAUAGUCAGAGCUGCUGUUAGAGAAUACGUAUAAAUUAGAUCAGAGGUAGGAAAAUUUAAUGGAGCUGUGGUAUAAGCUUAAAAUAAUAACUGUAAUGUAAAAAAAAAAGUCGGUACUGAAUGUCCAAGACAGGGCUGCAAAGAGUGAGAAUCCAGCUAGAGUGAUGAAGCAAUGGCAAAAAGAAUAGGGGAAAUUGCCAUGCCGCAUGUGCUUAUCUUUUAUUAGUAGCAUUCAGAUUUUAUAGAAAUGUUCCAGUUCCAGUGAACAAGGUGUGGCCUCUGUGCUGUCAGUUCCUAGGAAGGAAACCAGGCUAUCCAAGUGUUUGUACAAUUCUGAACCACAAUUCUGAACCAUGUGUCAUAUCAGUUGUAUAGUAUAAUUCUAAUUCUAAAUUGUAUUAUUUGGAUUUUUUCUUCAGAUCUUUCCAAGAUUUGAUUGUUAAUGUGUAGUGGUUCUGAGAAAAGCUGCACUCUUCUGUUAAAUGAAUACGGUGUCAGUGGCUCCAUCUAGUGAGCCCUGUGAAUCAGUCUGUGGUUUUCUUUCUUUCUUCCUUCCUUUCUUUUUUUCUUUCUUUCUUUCUUUCUUUCUUUCUUUCUUUCUUUCUUUCUUUCUUUCUUUCUUUCUUUCUUUCUUUCUUUCUCUCUCUCUUUCUUUCUUAAGGAGAAAGCAAAUAUUUAUUGUGUUUGUAUAUAGUCCAUUUAAAAUGACCUACAUUUAAAAAAGCUAUGAAAAACCCCAAAAUAUAUAUUUUUCAUUUUAAUUGAUUCUAUCAUUCCCAGAUAAAAAUGUAACUGUAAAAUGUAUGCAAUGUUCUGUCUAUCUAAAAACGCUAAUAAUGAGGUGUCUGCUUUUGUUGUGUGCCAUUCAUGUCGAUGCCAUGUAGUGGACUGAAAGUGCCAAAACUCCAGGUGCAAUAGUUUGUUUAUGCCCCAGUCAUUCAGUUUAACCCUGACAAUGCAGUUACAGACACUCAAUAAAAGACUAGUUUUGGCUGUUUUUUUAUUAUUUUGUUUUGUUUUGUAUUUUGUUUUUGACUGUAUAUGUUUUAGAAAUAUUUACUACACUUUAUUACAGUUUUUAUUUUGCGUGUAAAUUAUUUGUUUUUGUUUCCAAGGUUUUUAUUAUGCUUUCUGGAAUUUUUUAUCUGGUUAAGGGGACAGUGGGCUCUUGAAUUUAGUUUGCUCUCAAUCCAGAAUCCUCUCUUUUAGCAUGCCAAGUGAAAUGUUCGGAAGAAAUUUGUAUUACGUAUUUAUUCUUAUGUAUAUGAUGCAUUUUAUUUUUAAGAAGCGCAAAAGGGAUUGUGGAUAUGCAUAAUGGUGUACACUUUGCAUGCAGACUAUGGAUUGACAGUAAAAUUAUAGCAAUAUGAUUUUUAAAUGAGAAAAACAAAUCUUGUAAGAAAAUAUGAACGGAUCAUUUGUAUAUUGAAUAAAUGACAUAUACAGUGAAUGUGAAAAUAAAC